GUACACGAAAAACUUGCAAGAAUCAUGCAGUCUGUCCUAAUACGCCUGUAAUACAGGUUGAUAAAGAGAAUCUAUAAUUGGCGUUUUUUUAUCGGUUCGUCGUCGGAUUGAAAGGAGAAACGAGAACGUCGGUUCCUAUGUGUAAUCACGCGAUGCCUGAAUAAUGUUUUGGUUAACCGUAACGAACACGAUCGUCUGCAGUUUGCCAUACGUAGAUCGUCUCAAUUGUAAAACAGGGGGAUAAUCACCCUUGUUGGUCGAUACUUCCCAUGAAAAGUGCAACGAGAAAAAUCUUUCAUCAUCCACUUGUUACAAGCAUGGAUCAUUCCAGAAUAUUUGCAACUAAUAUAUCUUCCGCUGUAGAAGAAGUGAGGCCUCACGUGGAACACCAGCCCGGCGUUUCAUACGGUACGUUAGUAAACGUUCAAGGGAUUGAAAAUUCAGUGACAGACAGCGUCUCUCCUUUGCCUGGUAACUUUGUCAUCGACAUCGAUGAGCAGCCAAGUACAAGUUUGAACGAUGGCUCGACUCACGACACGAGUCAUCACCAUCGCCACGAGACAAGUGCAACGUACAAUCUUUUAGGAGAUACACGCGAAACUGCGAACGAGGCAGGUGACAGUCAAACUAACGAUAAUACUAACAACGUUAUCAGUCAUAGUAACAGUAAUAACGAUGUGGACGAAACGUCAGCGGAGGCAGUGCAAAUCAGUCAGAGACUCUGCAGAGAAGUUAAGAGAUACGUGCCUCUCCUUCUCAUUCUCUUCUUGAAAGGGCUGUACGAUCACAGGACCAAUAUAUUGAACUUUAUAGUGUUGAUCGUUACGUUUAAUUAUAGUAAUAAUGUAGUGAAACGUGAGAUCGCAAAGCAGAACAAUAAAAGUUGGCUGUCACUUUUAAUCAUUACAUGUUACAUUGUUGGAUGCAUAGUUUUUAUUCAUUUCGAAUACGAGACACACAUAUUUUCUCCUUAUACGCAACCUCUCACAAUCUGGGAGCUACUCUGGUCAGUUUUGAUAACUGAUUUUGUUUUGAAAUUAAUCACGAUUAUUUUUAAAGUACUCGUAACGUGUCUGCCUUCAAAGAUUCUGGCGCUACGCAAAAGGGGUAAAUAUUUCUUCAUGGUGGAAGCAACGUCUCAACUUUACAGAUGCGUUGCACCUGCACAAUCGUGGCUGUAUUAUCUUUACGAGAGUUAUCAGGGUCCAGAGAAGAUCGUCGGGAUAUUUUUGUCUCUGUUGUACACAGUGACCAAAGGGCCCGACUUGUUGUCCCGUAUAAGAUUGUUUCAAACCGCUGUUUGGAAGUUACUACAAAACGUGAAUUUAGGCGUGUCGCCGUCGAAAGAACAAUUAAUAGCGUCAGGUGGGAUUUGCGCGAUUUGCCACGGAGAAUAUUCGACGCCUGUAAGACUACACUGUAAGCACAUCUUCUGCGAAACGUGUGUCGUUACGUGGCUGAAUCGAGAGUGCUCGUGUCCAUUGUGUCGAGCGACGAUCACGGACGAUCCUAUCUACCGGGAUGGACACACGACCCACUUCAUACAAGUGUAUUGACUCCCAUACGUUGUGUAAUAUACAAAAUUAUAUUUUUUCAUUUGUUGAUGGAAGAGUUCGUAUCGAACAACACGGACUCUUAAUAUACGUGACACAUAAACCUC